CAAAUCCACAUUUACGUUCCCUCCCUCCUCAUACACGCUGACCCCACCAUGGAUGAUGCUGAAGUGCUCGAUUGGGACGAAGACGACGCUCACAUCGGUCCUGCUCUCAUAGACAGGGACGAAGAUGCUGUGUCUUUGGGCGGUAGUGACGAAGAGCUCGACGAGCCCGUCCCCGCGCCUGCGGCGGAGGUGGCGCCCUCCCAACGCCCGCAAACUCCUGAGGCGGCUUUGGUCUCUAUAGAGAGCACGGAGAGGCAGCCUAGGUCUUCGUCACCCCGGCGCAAGACCCCCGGGUCCCGUCCCACCAGGCGGGACCGUGGGGACCGCGAGCGUGACCGGCAUAGGGAUGAUCGCGAGAGGGACAGGGACAGGGACAGAGAAAGGGACAGAGAAAGAGAAAGAGAAAGAGACAGGGAGAGAGACAGGGAAAGAGACAGGGAAAGGGAAAGAGAAAGAGAAAGAGACAGAGAAAGAGACAGAGAACGGGACAGGGACAGGGACGAGCGGCGGGAUAGAGACAGACGUGGGCCGCCAAAGCCCAUCUCGCAACCGAUCACCCAUGCACUUCCAGCCAAGCCGUCGUUCACCACACCAGCCAUCACCCAUUCGUCCACUGAGGCGACUUCGAUGACGGGUACGGCCAAAGACACUAAAGAUACUAAACCUCGAACUAACGCCGGGGGAAACGGCUCGGUAGCUAAUCUUAGAGCUCCCCCUUCUGUGCCCCCUCCGAAUCGUGAGCGCGAGCGGGAGCCAGAACGGGAACCGCGCACCGAGUCCCGUCCGGCGCAGCACAGGGAAAGUGAUGUGUCUCGUCCGCCGAAAAAUGCGUGGGAGAGACCUCGUGACGGCGCGGCGGAUCACCGAGACGAACGUGGAGAGGACCAUCGAAACCAAUCUCGCCUUUCGAACAACCAUGAUCAAGCAAACACCGCACGUGGGCGCACGCGGGACUUUCGCGAAAGCGACGACGCAUCGAUGCCGAUGAGCAACAGUCACAACGAACGUCUUACGGACGGCGCCGACCCAAAAUCCAUGUCAUUCACUGACAGGCAUUACCGACCAGGCAACGACCCACUAGGAGAGGGCCAAACGGCUGUCCGCGGCAAUGCUGACGCUCCGAAGAACAGCUUUGCCGCGCAGAAGAGAUCGGUCUCGCCACUUUCCCGCGACUUCCGACGCGGUGACACUGGUCGCCGCGGCGAUCACUGGAACCCAGCGAUGGGUCCCGUUAACCCUAAUGACAUAGUUUCUGUCUCAGGAUCGUCGACGUACCCAGUCUCUGACGGUGACAAAGGUGGCUUCCGAGGUCCUGCUCCUGCUCGCGAGGGUCCUCGGGGCCCACGUGAUGGUCCUCGAGGACAAGAGCGCAGCGAGGUUGAUCCCGAGCGGGAUCAAAGGCGAGCCCAAGGCCGAUACGAACACUCUCGAACCUCGGAAAACGAGUCUUUCGAGCGCAGGCCGUAUCAGCCUCCAUCACAUAGAGAUGGCCGUGAUCGCAAUCGUCAAGACACGGGGUCAGAUCCGUGGCAGCGAGAGCGCCCGAUGCGGGAUCUCCCGCCGCACCAGAUGCCGCCAAGAAGGCAAGAGUUCGAACGUGACAUGCCUCCGCAUCGUGCUGCAGACAGUCGCGAUAGUCGCGAAUCUCGGGAUAUCUCCAGAGGACAGCCUCAUUCCUAUCAGCGCGACACACAGUUCUCCGUAAUGCCAGCUGCCCCCAGACAUCCCCGGAAUAGAUCUCGCUCUCGUUCUGUGUCACCAGUGCCUCUACCUGCUCGCCAACGGAAUGAGACUCGAUUUGGAUCGGAUGAUGCGCCUCUGCGUCAUAAUGGUGCCGGUGCCGCUGCGCCAUCUCAUCCUGUUCCCAGAACGGACGAUGAGGAUGGCGCUUUGUCUCCGCAGUCCCGGUCCAAGCGCCAACCGCUUCCGCCGCAAAGCGACGCGUUUGUAAGUGUCCAGUAUGGAGGUCCUCCUGAACCCGCCGCUGCGAUACGCCGCGACGUGCCUGGGGAUCACCAGCCACCAGCAGGACCUCGUGGCCCGCGUUCGACGCGCGGCGCUGCUGACGCUGACACGCCGGAGGCUUUCGUGCCAAAUGACGCUCCGAAAGGCCCGAGGGCCAUGAAUGCGGGACAGUCUUCGGGUGGCUAUGGAUCGGCAGGCUAUGGCCCGUCCGGUGGACAUGUGGAGAAUGGAUUUGGGCGCGGGCGUGGGCGCGGCAGGCGGCUGUCACCACCCCGCCCCAUGCCAGAGCCAUUCCGAAACCGGAACGCCCUCAUGUCGGGCUCCAACCAAGUUCCCAUCGGUGUUCGUCCUGGCCAUGGCAUCAAGGAGCAGGGUGCACAGCCUGGUGGCCGAGCGGAGUUUCCUAAUGGUCCAAGCAUGAACCGGCGCGGACAGGUGGAACCCAUCAUCCCCGAGUAUCCGAGAGAUGAUGACAGGUCUGGUCGGCGUUCACCGCAGCCUGGUCAAAACACCCUGAGAGACGGCCCGAGAGACAUGCCGCCGAGAGACAUCCCGAGAGAUAUGCCGCCGAGAGACAUCCCGAGAGAUACGACGAGAGAGGCUCCGAAAGACCUUCCCAUAGAUACUCCGAGAGCUCCAUCAAGAGGGGUGCCUCGCGACAUGUCUCGCGAUUAUCCAGGGUCAGACUUGCCUCCAACGAAUCGACGUAGCUUCCCCGGGAGUCAGCCCCCGCCUUUUCCGAAGCACCCCGCUUCUUCCCACCGGGAUUUCGAAGAGCGGCAAAACGACACUGUACCUCGAGAUGAUCGACGAGUCUUCGAUGACCACCACACUCGUUUGGAGGAACGGCUGGGACCGUCUGUCGAUCGGCCUGGCUCCGCCCGCAGCGGAUCGCCGAAUGAGACACGGUCUCCGGCCCUGCGCCGGGAGAGUUUCCCGCCUUCUGACGAACCAGCGGCGAACCACCUCAAGGAUCGACUGGGAAGCAAGUGGGGACCGCCCAAGACCGAAAUUGUCCCAUCAGACAACGGACUUCCCGCCCGGCCGCCUCCUGCAAACCUGACUCGAACUGCCUCGUUAUUGGAGCGGAUGGGUGAUGGAUCCGGGGGCGCAAAACAUCAGGACGCGAACAUGGAUGUUGAUGAUUAUAAUUCGCGUCAGCGCGUGCAGGUACCGAGCAAACGGGACCGAGACGACAGCGCAGAGAUGAGCGCCGACGAUGAGAGCAAACGUAGGCGGAGGAACUCCAAACCGAAGCGAGGAAGGUGGUGAAAGUGUUACGUUCUUUGGCAAGCUUUUGGUGGUCUCAAGGGCAUGUCUUGUGCCACGCUUGGGCCUGUUCUCUUCUGUGCUGUAUAUUCUGUAACUUGCCAAUUGGCGGAAAGCCCUCACUUGUCUGGUCCGUUCCUUCUCGACAAGAAAACUUCCGGUUUCUUGCAACCCAAUGGUCUUGUUUAGAUUUGCUGCGACAAAAGCUCUCUAAUUACUGAUUACACAAGAUGUCUAGAGGAAAAUGCGAUUAUCAAUCAGGCCUUGACGGGCUUAGGAGGUUUGCCAGGGAUGACAAUCCAAGCCAACAUGAUGAGAAUGCGGAAACCAGCGCCGAUGCCUAGCGCUGCGGCGGCGCCGAUGGCUCCGAGGAUCGCGCGAGCAACGAAGGCACCGAAGAACAGCGCAGCCGCCGCGAUCAGUUUAUGGUCGCGGGUGAUGACUUUGUUGCGCAGAUUGAACAGUCGGGGAUCCGUAACAAGCUCAACCCACACGGUUGUCAGCACGACUGCACGAAAAGAUCAGAGACCGCAAGCGCGACGGAUAUCACUACGGCGAACGACGUACUGGUCGUGGUGAACUGCGUGUUCAGGCGCUUUCCGACGAUCCCCUGCACACCCAGACUCGCGCUCAUGAACGCGAGGCCCACGUACGUGAGCGGCGCGCUCCAGCUCGGUGUCCCGCGCUCCGCCGCGAUGCUGCUCUGCCCGCUCUUCCAGAUCGUCAGGGCCGCGGCCAUCGUGAGCAGGAUCUGGACGAAGGUCGCGCCGACGAGCCAGAUGCGCUUGUGCGCGCCGACGCGGUCGCCGACGCGCCCGAAGAACGCGCCGGCGUUGAACGAGAGGAGGGACGUGAUCGCCUGCCGGUCGGCGAUGUGGAAGCUCGUGUCGUGGCCGACGCCCGAGGGGCCGAUCUCCCAUAGCCGUGCGAGCGCGA